GGAGGGAAUUUAGAGAGGGAAGGGCAAAAAAAAUGUGAAGUGGAACGCAGCCCGAAUUUCUCCCAUUCUUUUUAAUAGAAGUGGCCACUCUCUGCUAAAUACUCUCUGGUGGAACGCAGCCCUGGUCAUUCAUUUGUUACCUGACCUAGUACAGGACGCGGGUUAAAACACCCUAAAUGCAAUUUGCUACCACACUCCAAUUUCAGAUGUAAUUUAAUCUUCAAACAGUGCCAUAUCCCAACCUAAAAGAAUGAAUCGGCUCAAUGAGAGAGGAUCUGAGGAAUAUUUCUUUGAGGGGGUGCACCUGAAGCUUCAUGAGCUCAGAUGGACAGGAAUGAAAAAUGGAUACCUGUAUACAAACAAAUCAAUCCCAGCACACCCUAAAAAGGUGCAGUUCAAAGUGGCAUACCUUCAGCAUGACACUAAUCUUGGUGGAUACCACAGUAUCAUGACAGAACUUGGGUUCAGAAAGCCAACAGCAGAUGCCUCGCCAACACGCAAUCUGGUAUGGUGGAGACCGUACAUUUCAAAUAGUGAUAUUACUACUGCUGAGGAUCAAUACCUGUACCAAAACAGAUUGCAUCCAGAAAAACCUUUCCUGCACAAGUUCACCUCUUCCCCAGCCUUCCUGCCAUCCUCUCGCCUGGGGAACUUUCGUUUCAGGCUGUCGAUCCAUGAGCUGUUACAAAACUACAGAGAACAGUUCUGCAGAGGCCAGGAGCCCAACAUUCGCAUUUUUGAGACUGUGGUCUAUAAGCAGGAAGUGAUGUAUUCUGUUGUGAUUCAUAAUCCUAAUGCUAAAGAUCUGUUCUCUAAGUAUCCUCUUCUCCAGGAGACCCCUGAUGCUGUGUGUGUGUUCCAUGAUGACACCAUUAUAUGGCGUCCACAGGCAAUGAGCGAAACACACCGUUUCAGACUGUCUCGUUCCAUACAAGCAUGCCGGUUACCUGUAAAAAAACUUAUGUACUACAUGUGGGAUAAUAUAGGAGUGGCAUUCCAUGUUCCACAUGGACAGGUCUUCAGCUUCAGCAAGGAAAAACUGGAUGAGAGUCUUCGACUCUGUGAAGGGACUGAACCAAAACUUAACACAGAGGAGUUUGUGAAGUGUGAUUUUGGCAAAAUCUAGUCUUAGAGUAAACCGAUAUGUCAAAAAUGGCCAUAUGUGUUUUAGGUUUUUCUUUCUUUUUUUCCUUCUUUUUUUUCUUUUUGGAGGUGGGGGGGGUUUGUUGAGGAUGUCAACAAUUAGCCCAUUUCUCUAUAAUUCUAUUCUCCUUUUAAUAUUAGUCUACAAACAUUGUUGUGUUCUGUGGCAUGCUGCAUAAAUAAAGUGCUAAUGAUGAGAGAAAUGAUUCCAGCCUCUGUCUUUGUUCAUGGAAGAGUUGAAGAAUACCUAACAUACAAAAUUUUGCUUACUGUUACUUUCCUGAUGGCAUAAAUACAGUGAAUAGAACAUUCACUGAACUUAUAAACUGGCCCAAACGGAAUCUAAAGACUUUUAUCACAUUUUCUGCAUUUUCUGUGUAAAAUGUGUUAAAAGGAGCUGAGAGUACUUAAUUCUUAUUGGUAGUUGAAUGCAUCAUCUAAUUAGCCAAUAUUUUUGCAAGUGGGAAGGAAAGAUUAGAACUUUUACGACUACGUAUUCUGUACGCGCAGAUUUCGUUUGGGCCUGCUUAAAAAUAAAUGUAAGCAACGUUUGCUGCCGUAACUAAGAUUAUUGCAGUUAUUUGAGAUUGAAGCUUCUUCAUUUGUUUGUACAUGAGGUUCCUGGCCAAAUAUAACAUCAUGCGUUGUAUUAUAUUUGUUUUUCAUCCUUGCCAGGUCAUUAAAGUCGCAACUUGUGGUGAAGACAUUUUAAGGUUUGUAGCUAGUAGCUGAAACAGGAGGAGGCGGUUCGCAGAGAAGAACAGUUUGUCUUUUUUUUUUUUUUUUUUUUUGAGUGUGAGCAGAGAAGAACAUUUAGUCUGAAGAAGAGGGGAAAAUAACGUCCCUCGAGUAGCAGAAACAUGAACAAGCGCCUAAAUGCCAGAAAUGUUAAAGAGACCUACUUUGUGGGACAACACUUGAGUGUGUCAGACCUAAAAGAGGACCCUAAUAUUGAGCAUAGGUACUUGCAUAAGAAAAGCAUUCCAGCUUAUCCUGAAUCAGUGGAAUUCCACGUACAGCAUGUGUCCCAUGUCACUGGAGAAAGUGGUCUCAGGGGGAUUUUUGACGAUUCAGGGUUCAGACAGCCACCGGACAUGGUGGCUAGAGAUCAGUCCCAUUUCCUCUGGUGGGAUUUAUCAAUCACAUCUGAUGACAUAUCCACAGCUGAAGAACGUUACCUGACAUCUUUAUUCCCUCAUCGAAGCGUUGCCCAAAUUCGCAACCAGUUGCCUGUCCUUAAGCAUUUCACCACCUCAAAGGCCUUCCAGGAAGAAUCUUCCUAUGGAAACUUCUGUUUCACCUUUUCACUUAAAGAGCUUCUCUGGCACUAUGGCGACCAGUUCUGUGAUGGCCACAGUCCAGCUCUGAGUGUUUAUGAGACUGUGCUCUACCGGCGAGAGAUUCUCUAUACAAUUGUGGUGCACCCUCGUGACAUUCAUCUUUAUGACCAUUGCCCUCCACUUCCCAAAGACAGUAAGGGUGUGUGUGGAUACCGUGAUGGGGCCAUGUGGUGGCAUUGUCAGGCCCCCUCCGAAACCUACAGGCAGGAGCUUGAGGUGAACAGGUUGGAUUGUAGUGUUAGUGUCAACCCCUACAAAGAAGAAUACUAUGUGUGGGAUCAUGUGUGUAUAGCCUUUCACAUGGAGCCAGGCUGGGUGCUGCGUUUGGAUCAGCACAGGCUAUUAAGAAGUGUGAGUGUGUGCAAAGUGGCUCAACCCUGUCUCCUGAGACCCCCGGAGUCUCCACUGAGUUUACAUGAGGCCAGGACUAUACUCCGUGAUCUGAAGGCCAGUAUGGGCUAGGCUGGGGCUUAAAGCUAGGAACACCAAAGGCCACACAGACAUUACAUUCACACAGAAUAACAAAGAAUAAUGAUGUCCUUCAUAUUAGUUAAACCAUUUAUAACACCACUUAUUUUCGUUAAGUGCUCCAGUACACAGUUAAGUACACAAGAAAAGUUUGUGAAACCCAUGUUGUGAAUGUAUUUCUGUUGCAUGAAAGGCAUCCAGUGGCAUAUUGUAUUAUGUUGUAUUUUAAUAAAAGUCAUAAUAAAAAUAAAAAGUAUUACCUACAUAACAACAACCAGACAUUUUCUGUCACUGCUGAUCCAAUCACUGCAGCACAUUUGAAUGUAAUUGUAUCUACUUGUACUUUAUUUUUUCCUCUUUUUUUUUGUCUUGGAUUGAUCAAUUUGCCUUUGUACUAAUCUCUUACUUAAAGUGAAGAACAGAUUACAUUUUAGGAACCAUUCAUUCAAGUUCCUUUAGUUGCAUUAGGUGCUGUUUUUCUCGUGUAUAAUCUACCACAAAACAGAUCUUGUGAUAGUUGAUUAGUAUUAACAAAAAGCUAUGUGACUUUUGUUCAUACUUGUACCUUUAGUUCUGUCCAUAAGAGGUCUGUAUUUUAUUAUUUUAUUCCAUAGUGAUUGUAAUGCCACUGAUCUAUUCAUAUUUUACAAGCAAAAUUUCUUAAUAUUAUCUCAGAAUUAUAUAGUCAUUUUUUGUUAGUCGAUUUCCUUUACAUUUGCAUUUUAUUGUCCAUUAUGUUUAAAAGCAAUAUAAAAUUUUCUAAAAUGCCUGUAUUCAAACUUGAAGCAUGUUGUGGGCAAAUCUCUAUGCCUAUAGCUUUACUAGUUUGGCAUUUUUUAAAUCUGUUUAUCUUCCUUGAUGUUACUUUCAGUGAUAAGUUACUAAACCAAUAAAUAAUGUAUGUGACUUAAGUU